AGAGAUGCUCCCGCUCAUGGCCUCUACUUCUGGACCUAUGAGUACUUCAGGGAAAGGCUUCAUCCCGGCUGCAGAAAGACUGGAGACGAAAACCUCACCACCAUGUUGCUCGCUGGUGGUCUUGCUGGUGUUGCCAGCUGGGUUGCUUGUUAUCCUCUUGAUGUCGUCAAGACCAGACUCCAACAAGGCCACGGUGCUUACCACGGCAUUUCUGAUUGUUUUCGCAAGAGCGUCCAACAGGAAGGCUAUAGCGUUCUCUGGCGUGGCCUCGGCACUGCUGUUGCCAGGGCCUUUGUUGUCAACGGUGCUAUUUUUGCUGCUUAUGAGGUUGCCUUGAGGUGUUUCCCAUCCGCCCAUGUUGCCCCAGGAAAGCGAGUCUAAUAAAUAGGCCAACAAGUGAAUGUUGUAGUUAGCACAUAAUAGAUUUGAGGUGGAUUUGGAUUGCUUUGGUCAACCAAAUCUGACUCUUCUUUUAAGGAUCAGACAGAAAUCACUGUGACAUUCAGAAAUUGUUACAAAC